AUGACAGAAAUAAUAAAAAAUACUAAAUAUUUAGAUUAUACAUCAGAUAGUGUUGAAUUUUAUCCAUUUAAUAAUAAUAUAUUUGUAUGUGGUACAUAUGAAAUUGAAAAAGGUGAUACAGAAUAUAAAGAAAGAAGAAAAGGGAAAUUAUAUUUAUUUGAAAUUGAAGAAGAACAACAACAAAAAGAAAAUGAUAAUAAUAAUGAAAAUAAUAAUAAUAAUAAAUUAUUUAAAGAAAUUCAAAAUAUUAAUUUUAAUAGUGGUAUUUUAGAUAUGAAAUGGAAUAAUAAUAAAGAUAGAAUACUUGGUGUUGUAAUGUCAAAAGGUGAAUUAAAUAUUUAUCAAUAUGAUGAAGUUGAAAAGAAAUUAGAAUUAAAAAGUUCAACAGAAAUUUCAUUAUCAAAUGAUAUAUUAUCAUUAUCAUUAGAUUGGAAUAAAAGUGGUGAUAAAUUAAUUUGUAGUUUUAGUGAUGGGAAUAUUGGUUUAUUUAAAGUGACAAAAGAUUAUUCAAAAGUAACAGAAGAGAAAAGAUGGAAAGCACAUGAUUAUGAAGCUUGGAUUUGUGCAUUCAAUUAUCAUGAUGAAUCAAUAGUAUUUUCAGGUGGUGAUGAUUGUAAAUUUAAAAUUUGGGAUUUAAAUCAAUUGUUGAAUCAUAACGACGACGACAUUGGUAUACCACCAACUCCAAAAUUUACCAAAAGAUGUGAUAUGGGUGUAACUUCAAUUCAUUGUCAUCCAACUAUUGAAAAUUUAAUUGCAGUUGGUAGUUAUGAUGAAUGUUUAAGAAUUUGGGAUUUAAAAUCUUUAAAACAACCAAUAAUAACAACAGAUUCUUUAGGUGGUGGAAUUUGGCGUAUUAAAUGGCAUCCUUUUCAAAAAAAUAAAUUAGUUACCGCUUGUAUGGGUGGUGGUUUUCAUAUCUUAUCAACUGAUCCUGAAAAUAUAAAUGAUUUCUCAACAUUACAAAUUGAACAAUCCUAUAAUGGUCCUCAUAAAUCUAUUGCAUAUGGUGUUGAUUGGUCUUUUAAUAAAAAUAAUUUUGAUAAACAAUUCAUUGGUUGCUGUUCAUUUUAUGAUAAAUGUUUAUCAAUUUGGAUUCCUUAA